UGCAGCCUCUGGCGCCCAAUAUUGGCCUAAUUCCACACCUCAACUGAUAAGAUUAUUUCAUCUUUCGUUCUUCACUCUAUUAUAACACGAAACACAUAGUUGCCAUUUGUACAAUGUCGGACCCGAAGAAUUAUACCGUGGGUUGGAUCUGUGCUCUAAGCACUGAGCAGAUUGCAGCGGCAGAAUUUCUUGAUGCUGAGCACGAAUCCCUGGAGGACCAACCGCUAAACGAUACCAAUAGCUAUAUCCUAGGAUCUAUUGGAAAACAUAACGUUGUUAUUGCUGUUCUUCCUUUGGAUCAAGGAACAGCCUCCGCCGCCAAUGUAGCGACCAACUUACUGCGAACAUUUCCCAAUAUUAGGGUUGGUCUUUUGGUUGGUAUUGGCGGGGGCGCACCUAGCAAGAAGCAUGAUAUCCGCUUGGGAGACGUUGUGGUCAGCGCACCCUCAGGCGGAGAUGGAGGUAUAUUUCAAUAUGAUUUUGGGAAGACAAUCCAAGAAGGGGCCUUUCAACGCACCGGACAUUUGAACAAGCCUCCGCCUGUUUUGCGUUCUGCGGCGGCAACCCUCCUGACUAAAUAUAGGCGCCAUGGACAUCAGUUCAAAAAAGAUAUUGAUGGCAUCCUGGAAAGGAAUAAGAGGCUGAUAAGCGAGUUUCGACGACCAGAGGCAUCCAGCGAUAUGCUAUUUCUACCCAACGUAGUUCAUAAAGAAGGAGAAUGCGCAGCAGAAUGUGUGACGGAAGACAAAUCUGGUGUAGUCUCACGUCGCAAACGUGCAGAACACGAGAAUGACCCUGCAAUCCACUACGGUGUUAUCGCCUCUGCAAAUCAGGUUAUGAAAGAUGCCCUCAUUCGAGAUAAACUUUCAGCCGAGAAAGACGUCUUGUGCUUUGAGAUGGAAGCAGCUGGGCUAAUGGAUAGUUUUCCUUGUUUGGUAAUACGUGGUAUAUGCGAUUAUUCCGACUCCCAUAAGAAUGACGAGUGGCAAGGUUUUGCAGCAAUGGUAGCCGCUGCGUAUGCAAAGGACCUUCUCGGCCUGAUUCUACCAAGCAAAAUUGAAGCUGAGCAGAAAAUUAGCGAGGCCAUUGCGCAAGUCAGAGACACUGUAGCCAAAAUUGAGACAAACGUUGAAGAUAUCAAAUCUCAUAUAAUUUCACAACAGGAUCUCGAAAUUUUAAACUGGCUAGCAGAUUCUGAUUAUUCUAGUCAGCAAAAUGAUUAUCUUGCCAGACGCCAGCAGGGUACCGGGCAAUGGCUCUUGGAAUCUAAGGUACAUCAAGAUUGGCUAUCGACAAGUAGACAAACAUUAUUCUGCCCCGGUAUACCCGGUGCCGGAAAGACUAUCCUUACAGCUAUUGUUAUUGAGCAUCUCUAUACCCACUUCAAUAGUGAUCUAACGGUUGGUAUUGCAUACAAUUACUAUAACUUCAACCGCCAAGGCCAGCAGACUGCUGAUAAAAUUUUGGCAAGUCUCUUGAGACAGCUGUGUGCCUCUAGAUCUUCGCUGCCCGAGCCUCUAAAAUCUCUCUAUAUCAAGCAUAAAGACUCGAACGGCAGAAAUACUCGGCCAUCCUCUGAGGAAAUUGCAAGCACUCUACAAGUUGUAGCCCAAAUGUUUUCUCGAGUCUUUAUUGUAAUUGAUGCACUCGACGAAUGUCAAAAUCAAGAGCGAUCUUCAUUUUUUACAAAAAUAUUUGAAAUUCAGAUGAAGGCCGACGUUAAUCUUUUUGCAACUUCACGACCACUUUCAGAGAUCAAAAAUAUGUUCCAAGGGUGUCAUUUAGUAGGCAUCGUGGCCAACCAAGACGAUAUAUCCAAGUACAUCGAAGGCCAAAUGCCAAAGCUUCCAAGGUUUGCCCGUGAUGAUAAUUGUCUCAAAGAGCAAAUCAAAACAGAAAUUACAAAUAUCGCGCAAGGAAUGUUUCUCUUAGCCCAGCUCUGUCUUGGCACGCUUGAGGAUAUGGUUACACCAAAAAAGAUGAAGCAAGCAUUAAAAAAAUUCCAACAAAUAAGCCAGGAGCAAGGUGAAGACAAGAAAUUUAAAAUACUUGGAGCCGUAUACGAGAAUACAAUGGAGAGGAUCAAGCAGCAGAAGUCGGGUCACCGCUGUUUGGCCGAAAGUGCUUUAUCCUGGCUUUGUCACGCAAAAAGGCAACUUACAACCGUUGAGCUUCAAUAUGCUCUCGCAGUGGAUAUAGAACUAGACGGACAAGACAGCGGCAAUGUUCCGCAAGAGUUUGAUGAUGAUAAUAUCCCAGAAAUUGACGUCAUAGUCUCGAGUUGCUGUGGAUUGGUCACUGUUGACGAAGAGAGCAAUAUCAUCCGACUAGUACAUUACACGACGCAAGAAUACUUUGAUCGAAUGCGAAAACAAUGGUUUCCUAAUGCAGAGGUCGAAAUUGCAAAUGUCUGUGCUUUAUACCUCACUUUUAGUAAUUUCGAGAGCGAUGCAUUUCAUGAUGAAUGGAGCUAUGAUUAUGAGUUGCCUCGAGAGCCAUUUUAUGGCUACGCGUGUAUGAACUGGGGAUAUCAUGCGCGCGAGGCAGAACCUUCCAGUCGCAUAGUUCAUGAUUUCCUCGCAAACACGGCAAAAGUUAAGAUUGCAGGUCAGGCUAUACGCUGCAUACUUGAUAAACUGGACCGAUGGCUUUAUGUACCAGGAGAUAUGAUCACAACGGCGCUGGGCUUGACUGCGUAUUUCGGGGCUAUCAAUUGGAUGAAGAAGCUGCUGCCAGAUAUCCUAAAUUAUCAACUGGAUGAUGCUGUUUGUGACCGCGCGCUUCAAGUGGCGGUAAUAAAUCGACAAAGAGAUACAAUCCGGCUGCUUCUUGACAUGGGUGCUGACCCCGACUUCCUAGAUGGUCACUAUGGGAAUGCCUUGAUUUAUGCAGCGCGUUACAACGAUGCAGAGACAGCUCAAUUACUUUUGAACAACGGCGCAGAUCCGAAUGCGAUGUGCAAUGCAGGCUGGACGCCUCUCACAAUUGCGGCAGACGAAGGCAAUGUAGCUGUGGCUCGGCAACUUCUUGAUAUGGGUGCCGACGUUACUGAAGAAGCAACUGAGUUGGGUACAGCUGCUUAUUUCGCAGUGGAGCAUGGCGAUAAGGCUAUGAUACGCCUUUUGCUUGAGAAGACUACCUAUCCUAAGCAGAGAGUCUACCAUCUGAAGAACCAGUUACUUGAAGCUGCGGUAUGGCGUAGAGGUAUAAAUUUUAUUGAAAUGGUCUUUGAGAAGCAUCCUUGGCCGAAUAUGAAGGGAAGGUUUGGUAGCAAGAUGCUUUAUGGGGCACUUGUUUCAGGUCACAGAGACAUUGCUGAGCUACUUCUCCAGAAAGGUGCUAAAGUUUUGCAAAAUGGAUUUUACGGAAAAGAGAGGAUAAUUCGUUUUACAAAGAUGGAUAAAGAAUGGCUUGCUCAAAAAGUACCUACACUUUUCAUAGACCAUGUUGGAUAGAGGAAAUACUGCCAUAUGUUUAUGCUCAUAGACCGAGGAUAUCAGCUAUUUUGAGACUUAUUAGACUCCAAGUUUUAAUUAUCAAGGCACGAGAAUGCUAGGC